CAUUCUCACCAGUUUCUCAAAUCGGAAGAUGCAUAUUUUCCACUUUUGUUCGCCACUUUUAGCGAAUUUCUCAAUUUAUGUGUGUGUUAAGAGGAAAAUCGAAACGAAUUUCAUGGCUGCUGUAAAAUCUUCGUAAAGUUAGGACAAUAAAGUUAUUUCCAAACUAAAAAAAGUGAUUUAAGAUUUCUAUAAAAGUGAAAACUUGUGUACAACGCAUCUAAUUGGAGAAUUUGUAAGAUUUGCAUUUUGUGGUGAGCUUUACUUAAGCCACAUCUUGAAAAACAUUAUUUUGCACAAGGAGGGUUAGUAGCAAUAUUUGUUGAAGCGGUGGAGGAGCUGAAGCAGCACCAGCCGCGAAGGCAGGAACGUCUUUCAUAUAAACGGCAGCGAUCUAAGAUUAUGGAUCACAAGAAAUCUCCAGUAAGAAGACAGAAGCGACAAUCCAAAGCGAUCGAGGAGAAUUUCUGGGACUGCAGCGUCUGUACGUACAGGAAUACAGCUGAGGCAUUUAAAUGCCGUAUGUGCGACGUGCGGAAAGGAACUUCCACACGUAAGCCUCGACUAAACUCAGCACUUGUCGCACAACAAGCUGCCACCUUACCCGGCGCAUCAGGCACCAUGCCAAACGGUACGAAAUCCGCCUCGGGCUCACGGCACGGAGCAGGACAUGAUAAGAACAAGCAUAAAAAGUAUCCGGCCCGUUUGAAGAACGUCGAUAGAUCGACGGCACAAACGCGCGAAGUCACUGUGAACUCGGUGACAGUGUUCAUUACCGAAUAUAAACCCAAACCGGUGGGCAGCCGACGUGAGUCCAGUGAACAAAGCUUUAGCGAAAGCAAUGACUCACGGAGUUAAAUUUCGUACGCGAACACACCGAAACGGCAACAAUUAAAUUCAAAUAGUAAAAUAACACUUAAUUCAAUAAACGCAUGAGGAUUGACACAGUAAUUGUAACUAGGACAAACACGGUUUUAGCUAAUCAAGGAUAUAAAUAAAUAUAUGUAGCAUAGUAUGACGACAUUUUUAUGCGAUUUACAUACGAUUGUUGCUGGGCACAUUUAGCCACUAUUGAAACGUGCCAGGUAGACGGAGCAUGGUUUUGUUUGUUGUAACAUUUUGUACGCCAACAACUUUCGUUUGAUCAUUUGCAAAUGCAGAGCGUAUAAGAUUUAUACUGUAGCACAGUCUAAGAGGGCUAAAGCAGCCUACUAAAAUGCGUGUCAUUCUGUGCAGCAACACUGCCUUCAGUUCUCAGACUAGGAGUUAUAGCCCAGACAUUUUUACACACUCAAAUAGUAAUGUGCUUAAAUAACUAAAGUUAAAAGGCAAAAAAAAAUUAAAUCAAAUAUUUAUAAAAAUAACCAAUACAUGCCAGAAACUAAACAACUAGCAACACAACCACAGCAGUUUAAACUACUCAUCAACCUCCAACAAAUUGCACGAUUGCACUUCUCACAUGAAAUAAAACUACUAGUUGUCUAUAUGUUUGCAAUUCCAAGUGUAUUACAACGUAUCUAUAUGUUAUUGAAGAUAAGCCACUAAGCUUUGUUACUACUGUUCUUUUGUUUUUUGUUUUUAAUUUGACUGUAUUAUUGUAAAGUUAGACAUAGGUUUUAAAUAAUCGAAAUUCUGUAAGAAAAAACGAAUAUUCCACAAACAUAUUCUAAUUUGUUUAGUAUUUAGUUCACAGUUCACCUGUGAAAAAUCAAUGUAAAUUGCAUGCAUAAGUAAAUGAUCUAUCAAUAAUUAUGUAAAACUAAGUCGUUAAACACAACUAAACUAAGCAGUUAUCAGAGUCCUUGUGCAACUUUGUACGACUAUUGUAAAUAAUAUAAAAAUAUGCUAGAUUUGUUUUAUGUUUUAUUGUAAUAAUUAAGUUGUAAUUAAUGUUGAAAAUCUAAAAUCAUUGACUAUGUGCAAAAGCUGAGAAACUUAACUAUUUGUUAAACGUAUAACAACAAAUAAUUUCUAUUAUGUAUUUAUAUUUAUAAUAACAUAAAUGCCGUUUGAUCAUGUCAACAUGAAUGAAAUAAUAAAUAAAUAAUAGUUUAAAUUUAGUUAAAAUGUAAACAAAAUAAAUGUAUAAUGUUUUAUAUGAAAUAGUAUAUUUAUAAUUUGGAAAGUAGGUUUUUUGUAAAAAGCAAAAAAAAAACAUUAUAAAUAUUCAAAAUUUAUUUAAUUAAAAUUUCAUUUUCUUAACUUGAACUCAUUGGUUUUACGUAAUCUAUAGCUGUCUAAAAUUUAAAAAAUACUUAAAGACGACAACAAAGUAAAUAAAUUCGCUUAUUGAAUUUUCACAUAUUUCAACAACAGUUUUAAAAUGUGCAGCUGUUUCUUUAUAAGUGUAUUUCGGCAAAAGCCAUUUGCAAACAUAAACAUACAAAUAUACAUAUGUACAUGCACGUGCGUUCAUUUAACAUCACUCGAACAAAGCGUAUUUAGUAAGCUAAUUGAGAAAGAGCGUAAAUAUUUUCUUUUAAAUACAAAAGACUGAUUAUUCAUAUGUAAUGCAGAUGGGAAAACUUAAGUUUUCCAUUUAAGGCAUUGUUAUGUAACCCCCAUAUGCGUCGUGCUGCUUAGCGGAUUUUUUUAUUUUAGUUUAUAAAGUUAAAUAUUAAGUUUAAAAUAUGCGAAAAUGUGCGAUUUUAUAAAUUUGUAUUAAAUCUUAUUAGUAUUAUUAUUAUUUCGUCACAGUGAUUGCAAAGCGAAUACAUGUUAAAUAUAUUUUAUCAAUACAUACAUACAUAUAUGAAUAAAAAAAAAGUGUAACUAGAUUUUUUUUUGUAUUUAAAAAAUUAUUUCCUUUAAAUAAGCGUUAAGUUGUUAGCAUUUAUGUUGACUAUUUUUACUUGCGGUCGUUAAUUUAUUUAAAAGGCAAACACGGCACAUCAAUGUACAUAUGCAUGUGUGCAUGCAUAAAUAAAUAAAUUUUGUUUGGUUGAAAAUUUCGUAUUGCCUAAUAUAAUAGACGUCAGCAGUCAAACUUUGUUUGUGCUUAAAGUUACACCAAGCGAAGCGUCAUUUGUUUAUAAUGUGAUUAUGUAAGCUUCUAAAUUGGCUUCUUUCGGUUUUGUUUUUACUUUUUGAGUUGUCAACUAGCUUAACGCAGCGUUUUAAGAAAUUUGUUCAAGCAGCGUUGCGUCACAUUUUAAUAGUUUUUGCAAGCAUGAAGUGACCUUGGAAAGAUUCUCUACUUAAAAUUAUAACAUAAACUCAAACAUAAUUUGAUAUUAUAAUUGUUUAAAUUAUUUAACUUUGUUUCGAAUUAAACGAACAAAUUGUCGUAAAAUGCACCUUCUACAACAAAAAUUAAAAAAAAAAAACACAUAUACAAAAACAACGAACAACGCCGUUACUGAUGGCCUGAGGAAAUAGUGAUUUUUUUUU